AUGAAUUUUGAAGAUGACUUUAAUUUUUUUAAUGAUUGUAAACCUGUCAAUUUAAUAAAUGAUUAUGACAAAGAAAAUUUCAAUUUUGAUUUACCAAUGUGCCAUUCCACACCUUCAUUGACUCGAACGCACCAACUGCAACGGCCGAUUGAUUGUCCAUCAAUAGAAAAACAUUACGGUAUUGUAAAUUUCUCUGAUUAUCAAUUGCCAAUCAUUUACCGGCUAAUUGAUGAAAGUUUCUAUAUUCCUUACAUUCGCUUUUCCUAUGUUUUGAAUAUUUUUGAACGUUCAUCGUAUAAAAAAUUCUCUGUUAAUAUUAAUAAUUUACCUGUCAUCGAAAUGACGCCAACCGAACGCGUUUACUAUGACGAAAUCUCUCCAUUUGUAUCGGAUUCUGACUGGUCUCAUUAUCAAUUACUAAGUGUAUCGGUGUUCGAUGGUGUUUUAGCAAUUCUUAAUCUUACGGAACACUUUCAUUCGAAUUCAUCAGAAGAAAAUGCUCAAUGGCAAGAGGCAAUGAAUAGAGUACGACAAGCUGCACGUGAUCGAUGGAUUCUAGAUGAGAAAGUCGUACUAGCAAGAUUAGCCGAGCAAAAACAACUGAAUCCAACUUGUAUUUCAUCGACAAGUAUUGCCAAACGACGAGCCUUAUUUGAACAACGUUUAGAUCUUUCGAUCAUCGACGAAGCCGGUGGUUUUCUUCAAAUUGAUUCUUACGUUUAUCCUUUCGUGAAAAAUCCAUCCGAUCAACAAAUCUACAUUAACAUCGACGACAUUCGACAAAACUGCAUUCCAAUUUCAUCUUGUCUCAUAUGUUAUUCCAACGAAAACUCUCCGAUGUACCGCGCCUACAGCAUCCUGACUGAACAUGCGCAAACAAAUUCUCAAUGGAGCGCAAUUUAUCAUGACCGAACUCGUGAUUUAGCCAAAUAUUUGCCAUCGGGCAAGCGCAUGGAAGAGAAUUUAGGCAAAGAAUUAGCUUUUGUUCGAUUACAAACAGUUUUACAUUUGUUUUUAACGAAAUCUUUCAAUUUACGUUUGCAAUUCGUUCAGUUGUUCGAAACAGCGUCGUUGGAAGACAUAGAAAUGAAUUAUAAGACGAGUGUCGCUCGACAAUUCAUUCUGAUCGGAAAACGACGAAGUGGUUUAGUCGAUAAUCAAACACCGUGUGUGAUUUAUUCGGAAAACAAUCGAGAAAUCGUCACAAUCCCGAGCGAACUCGCAACACAACGACCGAUUAGCAAUGACGAGCGUCUUUAUCUGAAUACGAUUCUUCUUUACAACGGCCUUUGGAAGAAUGUCUUGACAAAAAAGAAACAAUGGUACUGGAAGGAGAUUGGCGACGAUGAAAAAGAAAAUUUCAACAUUGAAAUCUUAUCUAUGUGA